AAACAUUUACCAACCUUCAAUCAAGAACGAGUUUGUCUAUCUUGGACAAAAUGGCUAGAGCAUUGGUGCUGUUGCAGUUGGUGGUGGUUAGUUUGCUGGUGAAUCAGGGGAAAGCCUCCGAAAACCAGCGGCUCUUCAACAACGCAGUCAUCCGUGUGCAACACCUUCACCAGCUGGCUGCAAAAAUGAUUAACGACUUUGAGGAAGGUCUUAUGCCUGAGGAACGCAGACAGUUGAGUAAAAUCUUCCCUCUGUCGUUCUGCAACUCUGACUCCAUCGAGACGCCGACGGGAAAAGAUGAAACGCAAAAAAGCUCUAUGUUGAAGCUGCUUCGUAUCUCUUUCCGCCUCAUUGAAUCCUGGGAGUUUCCCAGCCAGACCUUGAGCUCCACUAUCUCAAACAGCCUGACCAUCGGAAACCCCAACCAAAUCACUGAGAAACUGGCGGACCUGAAAAUGGGCAUCAGCGUGCUCAUCAAGGGAUGUCUCGAUGGACAGCCAAAUAUGGAUGACAACGACUCCCUGCCGUUGCCUUUUGAGGAUUUCUACCUGACCGUAGGGGAGACCAGUCUCAGAGAGAGCUUUCGCCUGCUGGCCUGCUUCAAGAAGGACAUGCACAAGGUGGAAACUUACCUGAGGGUUGCGAAUUGCAGGAGAUCUCUGGAUUCCAACUGUACCCUGUAGAGGGCGCUAAUGUAUUGCUAGUCAAAGCCUGCUUUAUCCUUUUCUGCAAAUCUAAGACCAGUUUGCAUUAUCAAAACAUAAACUAAUUAUUAUCUGGUCCUAUAUAUGCAGGAAAUAUCAAGCAGGCAUGGCUGGAUCUGUACUUUAUUUCCCUUCCAUAAACCUUACACCUACCACCAUUGUAUUUAUUCUUCUUAUUGGGAAGUAUUAUCAUUUCAAGAUGUUCCUUAAAAACGUAAAUAUUGAUUCUUAUUUAAUAUCCGAACCUUAUUCACAGUGGUGCUUAGCAAUUUCUGGCGAUAUUUUCUUAAAUGUGCCAAAAUUGACUUAAAUCAAAGUGCUAAUAUUGUGCUUUGGUGUAUAUUAUAUCUAAAACAGUUAAAGAUCAGUGUUCAAAGGGUUCACUCCCAAAUGUGUGAAUGGAAACGUGUCUGUCUGAUAGAUUCUUGCCUUAAUAUUAUCAACUCAUCCUGUUCUAUUCUAACUGUAUCAAUUAAAGUUUUAAAAUGCA